UCUCCGCAGCUGCCUACGAUCCACUCGUCUCUGUAUAGAUUUUACGUAGAAUUAAUUAAAUUGAAGCUUUACUCAUUUUUUAUUCGACGUGUAACGUCAUUAAAAUGAUUUCUGGAAAUGCUCGCGAUAUUAGCCUUGGAAUGAAUUGGUAAUAAAAACAGUCUCCGAGUCCAUGACUUCCCUGAUUUUUCCUGCCUACCGGUGUGGAGAUUUCUUUGCGAUACUUCGUCCUCUGGUGUAGAGGAAAGGUGAAGGAUAAUCUUGUGAGGAUGUAGAUGAAUGGAGAUAACCUUUUCCUAGGUACGUUGCAGUUACUGCAGCCCCCAUGGAGCGUGUGCAAUCAGCUGCGAGUGGUUUUGCGAAGCGAAUCAAGCUUUGCUCCAAAGCGUGUCCUGGUUCUCGCUAAAAUGUCCAGAUACGAAUUCGAGAAAAUGCGAGCCCCCCAUCUGGACGAGUGUACGUUAAAAAUGAAGAUUUUAGAGCGAGGCAGUGAUUACGAUGCGAUGCUUGCAAGUUACAAUGCCAUUCAGCUUGCUGUGCAAUAUACUACAAAAGCCCUGAAGGAGCUUAAUGUGGAGUAUAAUGUUUCCAACAGAACACAGGUUAAACAGUCUCAGUUCGACUGGGCUGAUUUAAUUUUCCCCAUCGGAGGGGAUGGCACGUUCCUCUUGGCAUCGAACUUGAUCUUCAACAGCAAGAAGCCAAUAGUGGGUAUCAAUCCGGACCCAGGCUCUUCGGAAGGAUUUUUAAUGCUCCAUCCAAAGUACAGUCAGAAUGUGCCAGAGAUAUUCUAUAGGCUGCGGAAUGGGCAAUUUAAAUACCUCCUGCGGAAUAGGAUAAGAAUAAAGCUCCAGGGUGACAACAUCUGGGGCGAAGCGUUCCAUGUCCACAAGCAGAGUCGAGUUGCUGGUCCCGAAAGGAUCGAAGUUGACAGCGGAGAAGUCAAACCGACUAAAGACGCAAAACUGCCAAAUGAGAGACGAUUACCUUGGCUGGCUCUAAAUGAGGUGUUCAUUGGUGAGUCACUACCCGCAAGGGCAAGUACUCUCCUGGUGAAGGUGGACGAAGACGACGACAAGUUCCUCAAGGUGAAGAGUUCCGGAAUUUGUCUGUCCACCGGGACUGGGUCGACAUCAUGGCAUACAGCGAUCAAUCGCUUGACUCCUCAAGUCGUCAAAGAGAUCUUGACAUUGGCCGACCCGGGUGGAGUGUUCACCGAUGAAGAGGCCCGGAGAGUCUGCGAGGCUUUCAACGAAAGCUUGCGCUUUUCCCCCGAAGACUCCAGACUGUCUUAUUCCGUCAGGGACAUGAUCAUCCCGAAGAAUGCUCCGAAGAUGGGUUUUCUUCAGCGUCGUGGAUUUUGUCGCACUUUGACCCUUCGGUCGCAGUCAAAUGACACCGAUCUGGUGCUCGAUGGCUGCACAGGAAUUCCCUUCAACAACGGUUCAUUAGCUAUCCUAGAGAGUGACCCUGAAGACGCCCUCAGAAGCAUCAUUCUGCCGGAGUGAAAAGCUCCCCAGGGAUUCUACCCGAAGAAAACCCGAACUCCUUUCGACUCCACUCGAUUAUUCCGAUAAUUCUACCGAUACAUAGAUACUUUCGAGUAAAGUCAUGAGAAAGCGAAUUCCCUCAAUUUUGUACCGUAGCGGUCGCUAGCUUUAUACAUUAUAUCAAGACGAUCGAUGGUUAAUCAGCGAUUAUUGUAAACAUUUGGAGAACGCUGGAGGCAACUUUGUACGCCGUCGAAUAUAUGCCUAUUCUUUUUCCUUCUAGAUUUAUAUUUCUAAUUUUCCGUGUUAAAGGAUUUACCAGCCGUUCUUAACGUCUACUUGGGUAGCGCAAAUCAGCUGAUCGCCUCAACGAGUAUGUUAUAACAAUAAUUUAUUGAUCGACAAUGUUACAAGAUUUCCCUCGGCCGCGAAACGGGGCGCCGAGAAUGCACGUUUACGAUUGCCUACAUAGCGUAAUUAUGCGAAUUAAAUUUCACCUAAUAUGUACAAAGUGACAAACACAACGGACUGCCGAGGCGUCUCGAAACUCUCUCUCGGGGCUCUGCGCGAUUUUUUCUUUCUUUCAAAUCUCCUCGUUUUUACUUUUUAAAUCCUUGCAUUCUUAUCGGCCAUUUAAACGCGUAAUGUAUAAGUAUAUACAGCGAAGUGAUAAAUUGGCCUAUCAUGGAGUGACAUGUCCUAAAAUCUCGAGACCUUUCCCCGGGAAAAUUCCAGCUAAAUACGUACAGAACUAAAAGUCAGAUCAAAGGCAGUAACUACUUCCCAAAAUGCGCGUCUCAACCUCUCUCAUCGCCUUCCUAAUUUAAACCUUAUCAUACAUAUAUCUUACGAGUUCAUGUACACUCCUUAAAUGCGGAUAAUCUCGCGUCAGUUCGAAUCCUCGACUCUUAAUAAAAUAAAUAACUACGUAACCCGCUAAAUGCUCGGAACCGUGCGAUGUGAAAAUUAAUUGAACCGCAAUUGCGUGAGAAAAAUAUAUGUAUAUGAAAAAAAAAAAAAGAAAA